AUUGAGAGCGAAGUAUUUAACAGUAAUAUGUUUCAAAACACGACGACAAUAGUUGACGACAACACAGAGGAUGAUAACCCUUGUGAAGACGAGAUAAGAGACGCUCUAAACAAAGCACUGGACGAUGACAUUGAAGAUUAUGAUGAUUGGGAGCCGGAUGAGGAGAACAUUCCUCCGAAUAACAAUAGUAACCACAUAACUAACAACAACACAAGUCACGAAAACAACAGCAGUAGUCAUAACAACGAGACUCAUCAUAACAACGAGACUCAUCAUAACAACUACAGCAACAUGAGCAGUAAAAAUGUGUUUAACAGUCAUCUUAACACCCAAAGUAAUCUGAAGCACACAUUCCAACACAACGGAGGACAGUGGCCCGUGCCACAACCCCCACAACCUCUCCAUCCAUACCUUAAAGUGAACCCGUACGCAAUGCCAGCACCGUACCACGCCCACAACCCCUACCACGGUCCUCCCUUCCCUCCUUACUCCUUCCACCCUGGUAACCCUGGUAACUUCCCGGGUCCAGGACCUGGAUUUGAGAGCGGUACUUACGAUAGUAGGGAGAGCAGCGAGGUUACUGGAAACAACACUGAACAUCUGAGCAGAGACGAUUAUUAUCCAGUAGGGGCCGAUAAAAGUGACUGGAACAGCCAAUGUGGAAGUCCAGAUUGUGGAGUCAGUAUACCGUUGGAUAGUGAAGUGUUCAAUGAUGGAUCUGAUGUUGUGCACCAACCUGAACAACUCAACGCUUUAUAUAGAGCUAACCAGAGAAAACUGGAUCAGAUAACGACCCAGCUACAAGACACUCAGGACACCUACACUAAGCAAAUACAUCAGCUUCAGCACAAAGUUGGGCUUCUCCAGACCGAGAAAGACAUUCUUGAAUCACAGUUGUCACAGAGUGCACUGAGAGCUAAAGAAUUAGAAGAAACAGUAGAUAGAGAGAAGUACGAUAAGGAGAACCACGAGACGAAUAACAGCGAACUUAACGAGCAUAUCGUCACUCUGCAGCUACAACUUCAGGAGAGAAACAGUGAAAUAGACCGGCUAAGUUAUCAGCUAAAAGACAGCGUGUCUAAAAAAGAUACUGAAUUCUACGAAGAAAUGCUUGCUAAAACUAACAAAAUGAAAGAAAGGGAGAUAACGGAGGGAAAGAAGAAACUUGAUGGAUGUAAACGUGACAUCGUUCAAAAGGAUUUGGAGAUAGAGAUGUUAAGGGUAGAAUUACAGAACAGUGUGAAGAACAAGAUGACAUCCCUGGAACAGGACCUGAAGCAGAAGGAGGAGAAUAUCAAACACGGUCUGGAGGAUCUUCUUAUUACCCUUCCCAAGAUGAACAUUGUGGAUGCUAAUCUACCGCUGGUAACAGAAAUACACAGCUGUGAAAUAACAGAGCUGGUCACACAUUUAAGUGUGAUCACCCAGCGACUGUGUGAGAGUGAAGAGAGCCCGCGCACGCUCGCGUCACACAUUACUGAUCUGACGAGCGAGUGUGAGGUGCUCCGUCACACUGCAGCACAGCUUCAGGACCGAGUGGUAAACUCUGAGCGUUGUGAAGAAGAAGCUAAGAGCAGUGUAGACUCUAAAGACCGUACCAUCUCAUAUCUUCAAACUGAGGUUGGGAGGCUACAGGGGCAGAUGAAGGAGGUGCAUGGCAGUAUAAAUGAUAGUGAACAUAGAGCUGACCAAGCUGUCUCCAGAGAACGAGAGACAAUGGAGAAACUAGCUGCAGCUGAGAAGCGUUGUGAGCAAACACUAGUAGAUCAGACCAAUACACUGAAACGUAUGAGAGCUAUUGAAGAAACUUCUAGACUCGACAAACACGGUCUACAAAAUAAAAUCGAGGAGUACAGAUUGAAGUCAACAAGUCUGCAAGAAGAAGUUGACAAGAACAAGGAACUGUAUGUUAGUUUGAGCAAAGAAAAGGAAGUAUUAAAGACAGAUUACGACAAGAGAUUGGAAAACUUCCAACAAAGGGCAUCAGAUGAAGUGUUAACCCAGCUGAGAGAAGUUAAAGCUCGGUGUGAUGAGGAGAGGGAACAAAUGCUAAUUCAAAAGGAGGAGGACAUGCUCAUGUCUUUUGCCGAAGAGCGACUCCAGAUAGAAACGAGAAUACAGUCUCAACUCACACAAGAUUUCGAGAAACGGUUGGAAUCUGAGAUAGAAAACUCUCAAAAACAUUGGAGUGGAAGUACGAAUGUGUCUACUCUUUGCAUUCUAGAGAUGACCCAUCGGGGAUGCCAGACAGAACAAGUUUUAGACAGUAUGCAAGAGGCUCACUUCCGUGAUAUCUGGCAGAAAGAGCGGGAGUCUGAGUUAUCUUUGGCAAGAGAUACUGCUGUGGCGCUUGCCAGGGCACAUUGGGAGCGGGAGAGUGAGAAGACCGUGAGGAACAGAGUUGAUAUCAUUGUCAAGUCUAAGAAGGACGAAUGGUUGAGAGAGGCUUCAAAAUCGAGUGAAAAGCAAGUCGAGGACCUCAAAUCACAAUUAAAAGAUACUGUCAGCAAAACUGAGGACAUGCGGCGGAAAGUGGAGUUGGAAUAUAAAAAGAGUUUAUCACGUACUAACGAAGAGUACAAGAACGAAAUGAACAGACUUCUCAAAGCUGAGCGAGACAAAUCCUCUAAAUGUGAAAAGAGGCUGACACAAGUACAACAGGACUUGGACCGUUGUAAGGAUUCAAUAUCACGGUUACGCUCUGAGAACUCUACCUACAUGCAGGGAGAACUUAAACAGAAACUAGAGCUGGACAAGCUCUCAGCCAUGUUCGAUCAGUUGAAGUGCUCUGAAGAGCUGCUGAGGGAGAAAUCCGAGAAUUCCAGCAACGAGAUCGAGCGUUUGAAAGACAAGAUGGAGAGGGGUAGUCAGAAGGAAUCCGUUGUAAGAUCACAAUGUGAGUCAGUCAUCAGUCAGAUGAAAGAAGAGUUGCUAAGGUAUGCAGAGAAUGCCAACAGACAAGCUCUGGAAUACGUCGAGAAAGCUGUGUCACAAAGCAAAGAGAGCACCGCUGCUAAAUACAAGAAGUACUAUCAGAGGUUACUGUAUUGUCUCAUUGAGAAGCACCCAAAUGUGAAGGGCACAGUGAAACACCUGCAACUCACCCUUCCUAAACAGGUGCCCAGAACCCCGAUAUCCACCAUGUCCCCUCGUUCCCGUACCAAACCAGUUAUAGACAUGGAUCGGCUCACACAAAACUCCAACGACAGUGGUCUACCUGCCACCCAGGAAUCAUUGUUCAGUUCCCAAACUCAGUCCCCCUACCGGCACUCCCCGUACCGCCAGCAAUCUCCCCUCAGGAGUUCGCCUCGUCAGCAACAUUCGCCCUGCCGGCACUCGCCAAGCCGAACUUGCGCGCGAUUUAAUUGCAAUUUAGGACAGGGUGAUUCCAGUGUUAGACGGAAGUUAAACUUAGGAAAUAAAGUUUAGAUAUGAUAGUAUUUAUGAAUAUAGAAUGUAAUAUUUAUGUGAAACUGUACCAUACUUGAUUGUAAUUAUAAUGACUUCCCGUUUGUUGGAAGCCUCAGGGGUUGGAUCCUGUGUUUUAUCUAUUUUUAUCGUGAUUCUAUGAGUUCUUUUGCAUUGGAUGCUUGUUAGCGUUUGACUAAAUUAUGACAUUACAGUUACAUUUUUUUGCUGAUUCAUGCUUAUUACUUAAUAUGACAUAAACAUUAAAUGGAUAAGUAAUCGUAUCACUGAGUCUCCAGCAACCCGUAGGCAGU